GGAGGGGUGUGGGGGAGCGCUGCCCGCCGCCCGCCGCCCCCCGCCCUGCGCUGAUCUCCCCUCCCUCGCUCCGUCCCUCCGCUCCGCUCCGCUCGGCUCUCCGCCUGCCCCGCCCCGCCCCGCGGGAGGAGUGCGGGCUCAGCCCGCCGCCCCGCCGCUCUCGCUUGCGUUUUAUGACGGUCGCUGCCUCCCCAGAAGUUGGGGCCGGCCGUGGCGGCCGCUCGCUGAGGCGCUCCCAUGGUGCCGGCGCCCGCCGUGGGGGGGGCACGUCCGCUGCCGCCCGCCGCGCCGCCGAAACUUGGGGGAAGUUUCCGAGCGAGUCGUGGUUGGAUUUUGUGCAAGGGAUCCGCUGUGUGGGACUGUGGUCCUGUGGGGGAAGGUGAUACAGAGCUGCAUGGAGAACGCUGGAGAGAAGACUGGUUGUGGUUUGGUUUGGGACCAAACUUUACCUGUUCUGCCAAGAAUAAGAAAGAUCUGAUGCGAGGACUGAGAGAAGAGCCAUUAAAAGGUGCUGGGAUGGCUGGAGAAGGUUGUGAUCUGCAGUCGAGCUGAAGGAGGCGUGAGGCAUUGUCCAUCCCCUGCUGACAUUUGAGAGUUAGGAGUAUGGAUCUUUGGCAUCUGCUGUUUACUUUGGCACUGAUCUGUGCAAAUGACUCCCUUUCUGCAGGUGAUGACCUCUUGCAAUGGCCUCAAAUCAGCAAAUGCAGAUCACCUGAAAUGGAGACAUUUUCAUGUUUUUGGACUGCUGGAAAUCUUUAUAACCUCACUGUUCCAAGAAUACUACAGCUGUUGUACAAGAAGAGUAAUGAGGAAGACUGGAAAGAAUGCCCUGAUUAUAUCACUUCAGGACAAAAUAGUUGUUACUUCAAUGCAUCCUACACCUCUGUGUGGACACCAUAUUGUGUUCAACUUGCCAGUAAAAAUGAAGUAUAUGAUAAAAAAUGUUUCAGUGUUGAUGAAAUAGUACUACCUGAUCCCCCUGUCCACCUUAACUGGACUCUGCUAAAUACUAGUGAGACUGGGAUCCAUGGGGAUAUCCAGGUAAGAUGGGAUCCACCACCAACAGCAGAUGUUCGGAAGGGAUGGAUUACUCUGGAAUAUGAAUUGCAGUACAAAGAAGUUAAUGAGACAAAAUGGAAGGAGUUAAAACCCAGGCUCUCAACAAUGGUUCCACUGUACUCUCUGAAGACAGCAAGAGAUUAUGAGAUACGAAUCCGAUCAAGACAACGAACUUCUGAAAAAUUCGGGGAGUUCAGUGAAAUCCUCUAUGUAUCAUUUUCUCAAAUAGGCAUUGGAUGUGAUCAUUGUACAGAAGAAGUUGAGUUUCCAUGGUUCUUAGUAGUUGUCUUUGGAGUGUGUGGGCUGGCUGUAACAGUGAUCUCAAUCAUGCUGUCUAAACAACCAAGGUUAAAAAUGCUUAUUUUUCCUCCUGUGCCAGUUCCAAAGAUUAAAGGGAUUGACCCAGAUCUUUUGAAGAAAGGAAAGCUAGAUGAAGUGAAUUCCAUCUUAGCCUGCCAUGACAACUGCAAGACACAGCUCUACAUUGAUGACUUGUGGGUUGAGUUUAUUGAGUUGGACAUCGAAGACCCUGAUGAAAAGAACAGAGCCUCAGACACUGACAGGCUCCUGAGUGAAGAUCAUCUGAAAUCUCACAGCUCCUUGGGAGUGAAGGAUGAUGAUUCUGGACGGGCCAGUUGUUGUGAACCAGAUAUUCCAGAGACAGACUUCAGCGCAAGCGACACGUGUGAUGCCACAUCUGACAGUGAUCAAUUCAAAAAGGCUACUGAAAAAGAAGAGGAUCUCUUGUGCCUUGACAGGCAAGAUAAUGAUGAGUCACUUCCAAGCCUUGCCAACACAGACCUGCAACGCCAGCAUAGGAGUACUCAGUCUGAAAACAGCCACCUGUGGGCACCUUUUGGAGAGAGCAUUGAGUCACCCCGUCCGUCAGUCCAUACCCAGAUGAGUAACCAGAAUUCACUAGCAAGUACUGACUUUUACGCUCAAGUGAGUGAUAUUACUCCAGCAGGCAGGGUUGUACUUUCACCAGGGCAGAAAUCCAAGCUGGGAAGAGCACAGCGUGAAGGCUGCAUAGAACAAAACUUCACCAUGGACAACACCUAUUUCUGUGAGGCAGAUGUGAAAAAAUGCAUUGCUGUGACUUCCCACGAAGAGAAUGAGCCACGUGUUCAGGAACAAGGCUAUAAUGAAGAUGGUUACUUCACCACAGAAAGCCUUACCACUACUGUUGCCAAUCUUGGAGCUUCAACAGCAGCACCCCCAAGUUCAGAGAUGCCUGUGGCAGACUAUACGUCCAUCCACAUCGUUCAGUCUCCACAAGGCCUUGUGCUCAAUGCCACCGCGCUGCCGGUGCCAGACAAGGAAUUCAACGUAUCUUGUGGCUACGUGAGCACAGACCAGCUGAAUAAAAUCAUGCCAUAGCUCUUUUUUUCACUAGGCGUGUGUUGUGUUUCACAGCAGAGAGUCAGUUUUGGGCUUGUAUGCUGGAACCAAAAUGAAGUCUAAAAGUUUUUUGUGGUUCCUAUAAUUUUAUCUGAAAUGUUGCAGCGUAAAAUAUACAUCAAAAUAUUCCUAUUGUGUUCUGUAAAUAUUAUCUAUGAAUUUGUCUUGAGGCUGUUUUGUCUUGUUCUUGUGGGUGUUGAUUUUUGUGAAAUUAAACAUUGAAAUUACUGUUUAAUGUACAGUAAAUUGUGCAUUUUGAUAAAGCUAAAAAUCAGGUGGUUUAAAGUGUAAGAAUUUAGGAAAAAACUGCUGUUGGCAGAGUUCUUUAUAUUAAUAGUUGGGAACUGAUCAUAAAAGUGAAAACACAAAAGUAGCUUGACUAAAUAACACAUCUAUUUUGAUUUCUAUAAAUUGGUAAAAUAUAUUUUAAUACUUUGGUCGUAAAACCAUAAAUUUUUUCUAUUACACCAAAUAUUGUUGUUCAAUUAUGGUGACCCAUUUAAGUAAUGUAAUUGCUGCAGUCCUAAAAAGGAGUUUUCUGUUUUUUAAAAUUUUGUUCAUAGCUAAAAGAAAAAUAGGUUUUUACAGAGCCAUUUUAUACCUCCAAAGAAACCUAUAUAAAAUUUUGGAAUAUUGUAGAAACUUAAAAGUAACUGAUUCUAUUACUUUCUUAUGGUAACUACUAUAGAAAUAUACAUGCAAUUUAAAGUUCUAUGUAAAAUUUUAAAAUAUACAACAUACUUGGGCAAAUUAUUCUGUUCCUCGUCAGAUUCUAGUUAAUGGUAAUAAUAAUACACUUUUUAUAAACAAAAUCUUGUUGACCACAGUAUUAAAACACUGUGCAACUAAAUUUUCACUGAAUAUUUUUGAGAACACGUGAAUAAGCUCUGAUAACUUAGCAGCAUAGUAUCUUCAUAUUUGACCAACUUCUGAAGCCCUUCCAGAGCCAAAGGUAUCAUUAUUACAUUUAUUUUUUGGUGCCACAUAAAGUCUUUAUUUAAAAAAAAUAAAUUAAGGACUUCAGAAGUUAGCCAGCAGUUAAUUUUUAAAUAUAUAACAGGAUUAAAAUACUUCAGUGGAACAAGGGGAUCAAGUGCUGUAUUGUUCAAAUGUGGUUUUUGUUUUUGGAGCCUAACAGCAUCUCCUCUGACCGUGUUAGGCACCCUUUCAGAAGGAAAGGAGGGAAAACUGAAACUCAGUGGGGAAGCUCUCUUUGUUCUUGCAUAUGUUAAGAGCCUGACAGAGCUUUGCAAUUAAUUCUUAUUGUGUCAGGAGUUACCUUCCUAAGCCGUGGUUUCAUCACAGCAGGGUUCUUCUUAGAAGGCAAAUAGGAACAUUCAUUUCUUUACUCUGACCUGAACAGAAGUGUAUGAUGUGCAACAAAUUCAGGUCUUGCAUAUGAUGUCUCCAACUGAACUCACUGAUGCUCUUUUUGUGACCAAGUGCUACACAACUGGGCCCAACUACUGGGUGGGAUUUUUAAGUUUAGCACGUACUUUAUGGUAAAUGUGCAUUAGAUAUUCUGCUAAUUUGCUGCUAUAAUUUUCUAACAGCUGCAUUAUUUAGUUUCAUAUAAAAUUUCAUAGAUGGUAGACACUAAUGCAAGUAAUGCCUUUGUGUGUGUUUGAAAGAAGUUUCUUACUCUGUUUCUAUUGCCAAAAAUAGUUAAAUACCUCAGUCAAACUCAGAAUGUCAUUUUGGUACUUUACUGGUCACACAAGCCAUGAUAUGCCGGUCAGAAAAUGUGUCUUUCAGUUUCUAUUUAACUUUCUCUAUGUUAGUGUUUUGUUUGUUUUUCUCAAAGUUUAAUAAAUGUAUUGUCUUUGAUUUGUC